AAUUUCAUUGGAAACUACGUCCUUAAGGUCCACAAAAAUUCCAUUCAAAGCACGCACUUUUGAGAACAAAGACUGCUUCAAAAGAAUCAAAAGAACAAUUUUCUUUUGCAUUUAUAAGGUUUUUGAUUAUCACUUGGAAACAUACGAGGCACCAUUACAACUAUUAACUCUUAAGGUUUUUGAAAUAAUACCAAACCAAUGGCGACGCUCCAGAGAUUCAAGUUCCUAGCGACGCAGUGUGGAGUUGAACAAAGCCCCACACGAAGUCCAAGCCCUAGUACAAGUCCUUUGGUACAGUUUCGUCGCAAGAAGACAACCUUAAAGAUGCUUCUGAGUCUUAGAUCGCCUAGCCGCCGGGAGCAGCCGCUGAUUCAUCAGACUGCUGACAAGGACGUGGCUGGACGCAAACUGAGAGACUUAUUCGUCUCUUCGUCUCCUCUAGAGGAAGAAGAAGAAGAGGAGAGACCACCGAAGGGGAAAACAAAAGAAGAAGUUCUUGCAGCCAUGGCAGCUAUUAAACUAAACGCAUCUACUAGUUCACAGUUGGAGUCAUCGGUUUGGUUCGGAUUCAGCAAGAGGCUUCUCAAGCGAGCUUGGCGUCCUAAGCUUGGUACCAUUACUGAGUAACGUAUAAUCUAUUUCUUCUCUUUUUAAUGUGACAAUGGAAACAAUUUGUUUCCUAUAUGAACAAAUUAUAUUAUCCUUUUUAUAAAAUUCUCGUAUCUUGGCAACAAAUCUUAUGUUAUUAUGUAGACCAAAAAAAAAUCUUAUGUUAUUAUUAAACUGGUUUGUUUUUUUUUCA